CCUGCUCUAGUGGAAGGUGUUCCUAGACGGAACAAUAUAAUCUCUAAGGCUCCUUCCAACCCAGACUAAUCUGUGAUUCUAUAGCUCAACCCAGGCUGGAGCAUCAACAACUCACCAUGCUCAACACCAGCCAGGAGCUGAACAGCCUGCAUGGGAUUUACAUUGGUACAGAGUGCUUGGUUGCUGUCUUGGCCACUUUGGGAAACACCUUGGUCAUCUGGGUGGUGAGGAUGAACUCAAUGUCUCAGAACAUGACUCUGCACUUCAUCAUUUCCCUGGCGCUGGCUGAUAUCGCGAUGGGGAUCCUCGUCAUGCCCCUGGCCAUCGUGGUGAGCCUGGGCAUCAGCGCCCACUUCUACACCUGCCUGGCCAUGUGCUGCCUGAUGGUGGUUUUCAGUAACGCAUCCAUCCUCUCCCUCCUGGCCAUUGCCAUCGACAGGUACCUGCGGGUGAAGCUACCAACCAGAUAUAAAAUAAUCACUACAGAGAGAAGAGUUUGGUGGGCACUGGGUUUGUGCUGGUUUCUGUCCCUGCUCGUGGGAUUAGUCCCCAUGUUUGGGUGGAACAAGGCAGCAGCAAGCACCUCGGAGUUUCUCAGGUGUCAGUUUCUCUCUGUGAUGAGGAUGGAUUACAUGGUGUAUCUUAUCUUCUUCACAUGGACCCUUGUGCCUCUGCUCAUCAUGUGCGCUCUGUACAUUGAAAUCUUCUACAUCAUCCGGAUGAAGCUGAGGCAAGGUUCAACCAACACCAGAGGGACAGGAGGGUUUUAUGGACGGGAGUUCAAGACAGCCAAAUCUCUAGCACUUGUUCUCUUCCUGUUUGCAAUAUCCUGGUUGCCCCUGUGCAUUAUGAACUGUGUUUCCUAUUUUUUCCCCAAGUCUCAGAUCCCCGAGGUUUUGAUGUACUUGGGAAUCCUGUUAUCCCAUUCCAAUUCUGCCAUGAAUCCCAUUGUCUAUGCUUGCAAGAUAAAGAAGUUCAAGAACACGUACCUUUUAAUUUUAAGGACCUAUAUCCUGUGCAAAAAACCCAGAGCCAGUUCUGUGCAAAAAAACACAGAGCAAACACCAGAAGAGCAGUCAUAAGAAAUGUUGACCUGCCAGUAUAUACCAGACCAUUGACAACCACUUUGUGAAGGAACUGGUGGGAAAUGGGGGCUCUGUUUUGUCUACUCCCACUCUUGCACAAACUGCUUUAUGAUAAGGGCAAGCUCCUCUUACCCAACCUGAUGCACAUUUGACAUUAAGCCCAAAGCAACCAUUUAUGAUCUUCUGCAUUGUGUACUCCAGA